AUGGUUGAACAAUUGUUACAAGAACGAUGUGGUCGCCAGUUAUCUUCCUGCGUGCGGAUGAACACCAGACUGGCUGGAGCAGAGUUCGAACUAAAUUGUGGAAAAAAACAGAGUUCCAGGAGGUCGAACGAACAGAGAGAAAGGGGUCAUGUGCCAGGAAUGUUCGACAGAGAGAAUGUCGACUUAGAUUUAGAUCUCAAGUAUCAUCUUCAGACUUGUACAUGUUCUUGCAACCACAUGGGCUUUGGCAAUUAUAUGGAUUAUUAUCAGACUGGAUAUCCUGACGCACAUCAAACGUCCAGGCCAUCAACUUCCGGGAACGUCAGAAGAGAAGGAUUAUGUAACGGACAGGUUCACAGCAGCAGAGAGUAUGAAUCUCCCGAAAGUUCGGUGGCGUUGGAUAGAGACCGGCAAAGAACUGUAUAUGAAAUACAAGUUCGACCGUGUGCUGGCAUUGUAUUGGUAAUAAUUGGCUUUGUCGUGUUGCUCAUAUGGAUUGCUUUGCCAAGCUCGUCCGAACCACCUGGUAGUUUUUCAUCUCAUCGGGAAGAAACUUUUGAAGUAGUCCGGCGAAUUCUUGAAGAAGUUCCAUUAAUAGACGGGCACAACGAUCUGCCGUGGAAUAUUCGUAAGUUCGUACACAAUCAGCUGAUGUAUUUCAAUUUCUCUGCGGAUUUGACGACCGUGGAACCGUGGUCGAAGAGUAAUUGGUCUCAAACCGAUUUACCGCGGCUCAGAAAGGGCAUGGUUGGCGCUCAAUUUUGGUCAGCCUAUGUACCCUGUGGCAGAAAGCACCUGGAUGCUGUCCAAACUACAAUGGAACAAAUCGACGUCAUUAGGAGGUUGGCCGAAACCUAUUCCAGUGAUUUACAGCUUGUAACAUCGGUAAAAGGAAUACGAGAGGCACACAAAGUCAGAAAAAUUGCUAGUCUAAUUGGCGUCGAGGGUGGUCACUCGCUGGGAAAUUCACUAGCAGUGCUCAGGAUUUUCCACAGCCUUGGCGCCCGAUAUUUAACCCUAACGCAUACUUGCGAUACAUUAUGGGCUGGCUGUUGUUCCGGCUUAGACUCGCCAGAUAAUGAACAUCAAGGGUUAUCUCCAUUUGGUUUGCUAGUUCUCAGAGAAUUGAAUAGACUUGGAAUGAUGGUGGACCUUAGUCACACAUCUGUCAAAACAAUGGAAGACGCACUUAACUAUACUUUAGCACCUGUAAUCUUCUCACAUUCGUGUGCAUAUUCAUUAUGCACUUCAUUGAGAAAUGUUCCUGAUCACGUGCUCAAACUAGUGGCCUUAAACGACGGUAUAGUUAUGGUGAGCUUCUAUUCCUAUUUUAUAAGCUGUAAUUCUACAUCAACUUUGGAUCAAGUUAUUGCUCACAUUAACCACAUUAAAAACGUAGCUGGAGAGGACCAUGUCGGCCUAGGUGCUGGUUACGACGGAAUUAAUCACACUACGAAAGGACUUGAAGACGUAUCGCACUAUCCUCAGCUAUUAACAUCGUUAAUGAGUAAUCAUUCGUGGACUGAGGAUCAAAUAAAGAAGCUUGCAGGCAACAAUUUACUGAGAGUCUUUUCUAAAGUAGAGAAGGUCAGAGACGAGUGGAAAGAAGAUGGAAUGAAACCAGUUGAGGACAUUUUGGUGCCGUUGAACAAAGAACCUUUGUUACCCAAUUGCACAGACGGAUAUAACAUGACUUGA